AUGGCUAUCAAAAAAGAUCCAAGACCAAUUUCAUAUAAUAAUUCGGCUUUUGAUGAUCAAACAUUAGGAGACAAAACUAGUAUUGGAUUGAGUUCAGCUAAUUCAGAUGUUUUUGUUGUUCAAUCGAAUGGUAAAAAAGCGAGCUAUUCGCAUUCAGAACCAUAUGGAUCUAAUCCGGUUGCUCAACAAAGAGGUUUUGGUCGAUCUAUUCUUCAUGGUAUUCGAUCACUUUGGGCAACAAGACAAACAGAAAAAGAUCUUGGAAAAGACAAGGAUUUAUAUGUCAAAACAACAAUACGAGAACUUAUUAUCUAUUUGGCUUUUGUUAGUAUUUUAUGUAUAAUUACAUUUGGAAUGGUAUCAUCAAAAACAUUUUAUUUUACAACGGUUUUACGUACAAUUCUAACUGAAAGAAAAGUUAGUGGUGAUGGCGCUCAACCAUCCUAUGAUGAUAUUGGAAGUUUUGAUGAUUUUUGGGCUGUUAUGAAUGAACCUGUUCUUAAAGGUUUAUUUAAUAAAAAAUGGUAUAAUAAUGAAAAUUUAACAGCUGAUCAAUCUGGUUAUGUUUUAUUUGAAAAUAAAAUUCUUGGUUUACCACGACUUCGACAACUUCGUGUCAGAAAUAAUUCCUGUGUUGUUCAUAGAAAAUUUCAAUCAUCAAUUCGUGAAUGUUAUGCACCGUAUAGUAGUAGUAAAGAAGAUCGUAAUUCGUAUGGACCUGAGAAUAAAAAAUUGUUAACAACACCAUCAGCAUGGCAACAUAAAACAUCAUCGGAACUUAAUGGUUUAUCAAGUAGUGGUUUAAUUUCUCGAUAUGGUGGCGGUGGUUUUGUAUUAGAUCUAACACGAGAUUUUGAUAUUGCUCAAUCGGAAAUUGCAAAUCUUAAAACUAAUCUAUGGCUUGAUCGUGGUACACGUGUUGUGUUUCUUGAUUUUACUCUUUAUAAUGCGAAUAUAAAUUUAUUUUGUCAAAUUAAAUUAACAGUUGAAUUUCCAGCAGCAGGUGGAGCUAUACCAUCGAAAACAUUUUCAACAGUUAAACUAAUUCGUUAUGUUUCAACAAUGGAUUAUUUUGUAUUAGCUUGUGAAAUUCUAUUUAUUAUUUUCACCGUUUAUUAUACAGUUGAAGAAGUUCUUGAAAUUACACGAUUUCGAUUACAGUAUUUUAAAACAAUUUGGAAUGUACUUGAUGUACUUAUCAUUUGUAUCUCAUAUGUUUGUAUUGGAUUUAAUGUUUAUCGUCAAGUUAAAGUUGCAGAUAUUCUCGAUGAAUUAUUAAAUGAUCAAAGUACUUUUGCUGAUUUUGAAUUUCUUACUUAUUGGCAAUUACAAUUCAAUAAUAUCAUUGCAUUUACUGUUUUUCUUGCAUGGAUUAAAAUCUUCAAAUAUGUUUCAUUCAAUAAAACAAUGACACAAUUAUCUACAACAUUAUCACGAUGUGCUAAAGAUGUUCUUGGCUUUAGUGUCAUGUUCAUGAUUGUAUUUUUGGCAUAUGCACAAUUGGGUUAUUUAUUAUUUGGUACAAUGGUUACGGAUUAUAAAACAUUUUCGACUUCAAUUUUUACAUUAUUUCGUAUUAUCUUGGGUGAUUUUGAUUUUGAUGCAAUUUUGGAUGCUCAUCGUAUUCUUGGUCCAAUAUUCUUUUUAACAUAUGUCUUCUUUGUGUUCUUUGUCUUAUUGAAUAUGUUCUUGGCUAUUAUUAACGAUACAUAUGCUGAAGUUAAAAAUGAUAUGUCAACACAACAAUCAGAAUUUGAAUUGGGUGAAUAUUUUAAAAAAUCUUAUGGAAAGGUACUUGAACGUUUACAUUUUAAACGAGACCGUGUUAUUGAUAUACAAGAAGCAUUAAAAAAUGCUGAUAUUAAUAAAGAUGGAGUGAUUGAAUUCGAAGAAUGGCGUCGUGAUUUAAAAGCUCGUGGUUAUACAGAUACUGAAAUUGAAAAUGUUUUUACACGUUAUGAUGUUGAUGGUGAUGGUGUACUUCGUAUUGGAGAACAAGAUACGUUUAAAAACGAUCUUUCAGCACAAGAAAAUGAUUUAAAUAAGAAUAUAAAAGGUUUCAAAGAUGGUACUCAAGAUAGAAAAAAAAGUGUACAAGACACUACAAAUCAUAUAACAUUCGAUGAAUUUUCAAUUUUAAGACAACGUAUGGAUCGAAUGGAAUAUUCCGUUGGAAAUAUUGUUUCAAGAAUUGAUGAAGUAUUACAAAAAUUAGAAUCUAUGGAAAAGGUUAAAGCUAAACGACGUGAAGCAUUAACACGAAUUUUAAAUACUAUGACUAAUGAAAAUCAUUUAAAUGAAGAACAUAAACAAGAACGUAUAGAAAAAAUGAUUCGUGAAGAACUUCUUGAAAAUCAUUUCGAUCGUCAAACACCUGGCGCAUCAAGAUAUGGUUAUCAAAGUGCUCCAUCCGCACGUCCUGAACAAAUUGAUGAUGAAUAUUAA